AUGGCCACUCUUCUUACUUCCUCUUCCUCUCUUCUCUUCACCUCUCAAUCUUCAAAACUUUCUUCUUCUUCCAUCUCCUCUCUUCCACGCUUUUCUCUCUCCUCUUUUUCUCACUCUCUCACUUCUUCUCUCUUCAAUUCUCCAUCUUUUCUUCCCACAGUUUCAAGAAAGUCAGUUUCGGUGUCUGCUUUUACUGUCAAGGCCAGCGCAGCAGAGAAGAAGAAAGUGCUCAUUGUGAACACGAAUAGUGGUGGGCAUGCGGUUAUUGGGUUCUACUUUGCUAAAGAGCUUCUGGGUUCUGGCCAUGAAGUUAAUAUCUUUACCGUUGGUGAAGAGAGCUCCGAUAAGAUGAAGAAGCCUCCUUUCAACAGAUUUUCAGAAAUUGUGAGUGCUGGUGGAGCUACAGUAUGGGGUGAUCCGGCAGAUAUUGGGAAGGUAUUAGAAGGUAAAGCAUUCGACGUGGUAUUGGAUAACAAUGGCAAGGACUUGGACACAGUAAGGCCUGUCGCUGAUUGGGCCAAGAGUUCUGGUGUAAAGCAAUUUCUCAGUGCUGGGAUUUACAAGCCAACUGAUGAGCCUCCUCAUGUUGAAGGGGAAGUAGUCAAAGCAGAUGCUGGCCAUGUUGGAGUUGAGAAAUACAUGUCAGAGAUCUUCGAAAAUUGGGCAGUAUUCCGGCCACAAUACAUGAUUGGCUCUGGCAACAACAAGGAUUGCGAGGAAUGGUUCUUUGACCGUAUAGUUCGAGGAAGGCCCGUCCCAAUUCCUGGCUCUGGGAUGCAGCUAACUAACAUUGCUCAUGUCCGGGACUUAUCGUCCAUGCUCACUUUUGCUGUUGAAAAUCCAGCUGCUGCAAGUGGUAACAUCUUCAACUGUAUUGAGCAAAAGAAGCAACUAUUGACUGAUUAA